UGGCGUACAUUUUACAAUGUAAAACAUUUGAGGAGGGAAUAGAAUAGAUAGAAUAGAAUCUCUUCUACAAUUGUCUAAUUCUUAACUAGAACGUUACAAAGUGUAUGCAAAAUGAGCUCGCGACAAAUACAGGCUCUUACCUUAUUCCUUAUUGUACAAAACGUUUGCUCAAAUGAUGGAAUGUGUGUAGCUAAAGAACAAUGUACGGAUCCGGAAUCAAUUUCCCCCGAUAAGAAUCCUUAUUUGGCAGAGUUCAAUCUUUACUUCAACAAAAUAGAAUCUUCGGUAGCUGAUUAUGUUCCGUGCAAUAGAACAAACUGCAACUGCUACGUGAACGUGCUUAACGACGAUCUUAGGCCAUUCAAAACGCAGGGAAUCACACAUGAUAUGAUUAAGCGUGCCAAACAAUACGGUACACAUUACCAAGUGAUUGAGCAUAAACUUUACCGUCAGCGUGACUGCAUGUUCCCAGCACGGUGCUCCGGGGUGGAGCAUUUCGUGAAACCGCUUCUUGCUACGCUACCCGAUAUGGACCUGAUCAUUAACUGUCGCGACUGGCCGCAGGUACAUCGGCACUGGAGUAAAGAGAAAACACCGGUCCUUUCGUUCAGCAAAACGGCCGAAUAUCUCGACAUCAUGUACCCAGCCUGGGCGUUCUGGGAAGGUGGACCUGCUAUCGCUCUCUAUCCGACCGGGCUCGGACGCUGGGAUCGCCAUCGGGACAGCAUUACGGAAGCUGCUGCCAAAGUUCCGUGGGAAAAGAAGGAAAGUAGGGCAUUCUUUCGUGGAUCGCGCACCUCCGACGAACGAGAUGCGUUGGUUCUGCUGUCGAGGGCCAAACCGUCGCUUGUCGAUGCACAAUAUACAAAAAAUCAAGCCUGGAAAUCACCGCAGGACACACUGAACGAGGAACCGGCCCGAGAAGUGACUCUCGAAGAACAUUGCCGCUAUCGCUUUCUGUUCAAUUUUCGCGGUGUGGCCGCGAGCUUUCGCUUCAAGCACCUUUUUCUCUGCCAUUCCCUUGUAUUUCACGUAGGAGACGAGUGGCAGGAAUUCUUUUACUCGGGUCUGAAACCGUGGGUACAUUACGUUCCCAUACCGGUGCAAAGUAGUCCGCACGAACUGGAAGCUUUGAUCCGUUUCUUCCAGGAGCAUGACGGCCUAGCGCGCAGUAUUGCGGAGAGAGGAUAUGAACAAAUAUGGAAUAAUCUGCGUAUGAAAGACGUAGAAUGUUACUGGAGAAAACUGCUUAAACGCUAUGGAAAGUUAAUACGCUACUCAGUUGAACGUGAUCCCAGUUUAAUUCAAGUAUGAUGCGCUGAUACGGAAUGAUACAGCCGUGGGUAAGCCGAUGUAAAGUAUUAAAAAACGAACAAAACGUUCACCUUAUGAAACUUACAUUUAUAAGACAUAAAGUGAGAACCUAUCUGAAAACUACAGAUUCUUAUUAUAUUACUAGUAUCUUGA